AUGAGCAACCAAGUAUUGUAUUUUGCGUAUGGAAGUAAUUUGUUGACAUCAAGGAUUAGAAUCAACAACCCUAGUGCUAAGUUAUACAGUGUUGCCCGAUUGGAGAAUUACCGCUUGGAUUUUAUCGGCUGGUCAAACCUAUGGAACGGAGCUCCAGCUACAAUUGUAGAAACUCCCGGCUUCCACGUCUGGGGAGCUGUUUGGGAGCUGGAUGUUGCUGACAUUAAGAACUUGGAUCAGCAGGAGGCUGGUUACAACGCCUUUCAAGUCGAUGUAAUUACUCACAGCGGUGCCACGUAUAAUUGUCGGGUUUAUCAGCAGAUCAAGGUUCCUAAUUCUUAUGCUAAGCUUAGGGAACUUCCUGAUGGUAGGAGACCUUCUCAGACUUACUUGAAAAUUAUUGUAAAAGGAGCAUUAGAUCGUGGACUUCCGACAGAAUAUAUUAAUCUGCUCCGAAAAGUAAGACAUAAUGGAUUUAUGGAUGCUUACAGCGAUAUUGGCCAAGAAGUUUCUGGAAUUUAUCUGUCAUACAAAGCUCCAAAGAUCCGAUAAAUUAA